AUGUUCCGUAACAGGUAUGUUGGGAUCUCGGGACUUGAGGUAACGACUGGGGAAAAUGCUUACCGGAAUAAUUGUCCUUCCAGAAAGAACUCUCAGAAGCCUGACGAUGAGCUCAUUCAGAAAUUCCAAAGAACCUUCUCAGAUGUCGUUCCCCAGGUCCCUCACCGCAAUGCCACGCGCUUCGGUCAGAUCCCCAUUGGACCUAUCACUCCAGCUAGGCUGAGCAUGAACAACGAUCUGAAGCUUAAUGAUCCUACCCCCCGCGCCACAGACGACAUGCGGUUCGCACCACCAUUUGUUGACCCGAAUGCGGUCUCCUAUGUCAACCCAUUACAGCCCCAUGGUUACUAUACCCCCAACUCCGGUGGACUGGGUGCAAUGUACCACAGCCAAGCAGGGGAUUUGCACACCCCAGGCAUGGGUCUCAGCAUGAUUACUCCGCUUUCCCUCCCGCAGCAGAUUUCCGCCGCUACCAUCAACGCUGCGGGCACUGCAGCCAUGGGCCUGGAUCAUUUCGAUCAGCAAUACAUCCCACCACACUUCCAAAACCCGCAACCGUUUGCUCAGCAACCGGCAUUUGCCCCUAGUGCUUUUGUUCAGAGUGAUACAGGUUACGAUGCCAUGGAUGACUCUGUCGAAGAAUUGUCUCUAAAUGAUGUGGAUAUGCAGGGUCACCCCUCUCAAUUCGUAACAUCAACGAUGCAAGAUGAUCAGGCCAGCAUUCAGAAUCCUGGCGAAACUUUCCGUUAUCAUGUCACUUUGCGCGCACCCACAGCCAUGAUCAAUCACCAAGCGGAGAUUCCUGUCACAUACCUCAAUAAAGGCCAGGCGUACUCGGUGUCCGUCAUCGAUUCCACUCCGCCACCCAUGACUGCUCUACCCAUCAAGUACCGCACAUACAUCCGCGUAUCAUUCCAAGAAGACGAACAGCGGGCCAAGCCGGCUGCUUGUUGGCAACUGUGGAAAGAAGGUCGGGGAUCCAACGAGGCGCAUCAACGAGGCGGAAAGCUGCAGGCCGUGGAGUAUGUCGAUCCCAUCCAGGGGGGCAUUGAAGACACCAAGAACCGUCAGAUUCAGCUGGAAAGCUCAUCGUUUGAUGGGUUCUGCGUCACAUGGACCCUGAACCCAUCCACGGGAGGGUCGGAGUGUUCGAUCCCGGUGCGGUUCAACUUCCUGUCGACGGACUUCAGUCAUUCCAAGGGUGUCAAGGGUAUCCCGGUCCGACUGUGCGCGAAGACCGAAAUGGUGCUACCGGAUGGUGCGAGUCCCACCUCGGCCAGAGAGUCCGAAGUGUGCUACUGCAAGGUCAAGCUCUUCCGGGACCAUGGAGCCGAGCGGAAGCUGUCCAACGAUGUCGCCCAUGUCAAGAAGACCAUUGAAAAGCUUCGACAACAGAUUGCCCAGGCUGAGAUGGGAACGGGCAACUAUGGCAAGCGCAAGCGCAGCGGUGGCUCGAUUGCGCUCAAGGGAACCGAUCCGCGUCCGACCAAGAUCACCAAGCACAAACGGACAUGGUCCAUGAGCUCGCAGGACGGCCCUGGCAAGCUGUCCCUGGAAGACGACCUUCAUGCGAAACUCGCGUUGAUGCAAGACAUGUUCACGUCAACGCGGCCAGUAAGCAUUCUAGGAUUGCGGGGUGAAGAGCAAGAUGACCCGGACUUGUUCCCGGUCAUGCUGCCGGAGUCUCGUGAAUUCAUUAAACAAGAGAGCAGCCGCGGGUCCCGUUUCAGUAUCGACGGGACAUCCCUGCACGCUGUUUCACCCACCAGCAGUAGCAUCUCCACAAACUCCCCCUGUCACCCCACAAACCUCCAGUCGAAUCUGUUCUAUGACUCGGCGUAUCAUGGAUCCAUGUCCACCUCCCGGGAGAACUCACGGUCGUGCUCGGAAGUUCUGGGCGACAAGGGCGCGCUCAAACAUCCCGUCAAGGUGCAGAAAGUUGCUUCAACCGAUGGCAAUGCGCCAAUGGGGUAUAUUGAGGCGGUAGACAUUGACCCGACCUACAGACCACCGGUGGAUCGACCGGUCAAGCCUAUCGCAUGCUUCUAUGUACGUUUCCCGCGAAAUGAUCAGCGUGCGGAUGACUAUUACCGGGCCGUCUAUCUGACUGAACGGACGGUCCGUGACCUGAUGGAGAAGAUCUCCAUGAAACAACGCAUUGAUCCGCAGCGCAUCGUACGGGUCCUGCACGUCAAGCAGAACGGCCUGAAGAUCAUGGUGGAUGAUGAUGUGGUUCGUGAGCUUCCUGAUGGCCAAGACAUGGUUGUGGAGAUCUCCGAGGCAUCAUCAUUCGAGAAUACGGCCGCGCCGGCAGCUGUCGAGGUCAAACUGAGCUAUUGA